AUGCUGCAGAUCCUUGUGAAUUUCCGACACUGUUGGACACCUUGUAGGACAUUUGCGGCAGUUGGUGUUGACCCAGCAAUCAUGGGUAUCGGUCCAGCAGUUGCCAUUCCUGCUGCAGUUAAGGCGGCUGGUUUAGAACUAGAUGACAUCGACUUGUUUGAGAUCAACGAGGCAUUUGCAUCUCAGUUUGUUUAUUGCCGUAACAAAUUGGGACUUGACCCAGAGAAAAUCAAUGUCAAUGGAGGCGCACUGGCCAUAGGACAUCCUUUGGGCGCUACAGGAGCACGUUGUGUUGCUACUUUGUUGCACGAAAUGAAACGCCGUGGAAAAGACUGCCGUUUUGGUGUAGUGUCAAUGUGCAUUGGGACGGGAAUGGGUGCAGCGGCUGUGUUUGAGAGAGGAGAUGGAGUUGAUGAGCUUCGCAACGCAAGGAAAGUGGAAGCACAAGGCCUUUUGUCCAAGGACGCUCGCUAAAGAUGACGGAUGUAGCAAAACCCUCCCUAUUCACUCUCCACAUAUUUGAUCUCACCUCUCUCUUCUGGUCCUCAUUUCCCUUUCUUCAUCAGAUAUUAUUAUAGUUUUGAAUAAAGCACGCAACCAAUGUUUGCCUGAGAGUCUUGUGUUCUUCUUGACCAGGUCAUGUGUUUUUUAGUAUUUUUUUUUACGUGAAGGGGGAUAUAAUCUUUAAAUCUUUUUAGUAUGUAUUAAGAAUAUUGGUCUUCUUCUUGAA